AUGAAUACUUUAAAAAAAAAAUCAUUGGGUAGAACAGCAUUUUUAGGUGAACUAUAUGAUAUAAGGUCAGAUUCUUUUUUAUAUACAAAUAUUUUCAAAGAUCAAAUACCAGAAGAAAAAAUUCAAAAUGUUGAUGUUUCUGAUUUAAGUUACGAAUAUUUUGACUCAAGCUCGUCACAAGAAAAGUUUAGUAGUUUAGGUGUAGAUGGCAAUUUAAAGCUUAGUAUCUUAUGUGGUUUAAUAGAUAUCACAGGUUCUGCAUCGUAUUUAAAGGAAGAUAACAACCAAAAAAAAGUUGUUAGAGGUUCAUUAAUUUACAAAAUAGAAACCUUUUUAGAUUCAAUCAAUAUAAAUACACUUAAAAGUCUAAUAGAUAUUGACAGCUUAAACAACAGCGAGGCUACUCAUAUUGUCACUAGAAUUAAAUAUGGCGCAAAUGUAAUUGUUACAUUUGAAAAGACCUAUUGUGAUGAUGCUAACAAGAACGAGGUAUCUGGUUCUUUGAAUUCUCUAAUGAAAAAAAUUGGUGGCUGUUUUAGCAUGGAUGGUGAUGUCUCUUUAAAUCUCAAAGAAAACGAAAGAGAAAUACUUGAUGAAUUUAAAAUCAAAUUUGUAGGUGACGUUAUCCCAAAUAAUGAAGAAAUCUCAAGUAAUGCCAAAGAUGUUUUAAAUAUUAUGAAAAAGAUACCAAAGUACUUAGAAACAGUCAACAAAGGCAAAGGUAAACCAGUUGAAUAUAUGCUAAUACCAAUCGAAACUGUUAAAAGACAAUUAUCAAUCGAAACUGGAUUAGAAAGAGUUUACAAAAAUAUCGGAGAAGAUUUAAUCAAUCAGAUUGAAGUGGAAUUUGAACAAUUAGCAGGUCAUCAACUUGAACUAAAGGGUUUUUAUGCAGCGUUACUCGAAAUGAAAGAUUACUUUAAUAUCAAUCAACUAUCACCAGUUUUUGACUUUAUUAAUAAAGUUUCAGUCAACGAAAAGACAUUUAAAAAAUCAAUUUCAGAAUUGAUAGUCGCUGUUAGAAGUUGUACCAAAGAUAUUUCAUCUCUUGAAGAAUGUGUCAGCAGCUAUAUUUCAUCUGAAUACUCAUCUAACGGAAUCAAAAAGUUCUUAGAACUAUCACAUCAAGCAAACCUUAAAAACCAACUUUCAUUUAUUCAAGAAAUUAAAGCUUUAAAUAUUGAUAUUAUUUCAAAGACAAUGAAUAAAUCUGAAAUCAUUAAAAAAUCAAAUAAUAAUUGUAAGCUCUACAUUCUCAACUACUACAAUUCAACAAGAACAGUGAGCCAAAUAUGGGAUCCAAUUUAUAUUUCAACUUUUAUUACCAAAUAUAAUGAAAAGAGAACAAACACCAAAUUUGCAAUCAUUGAUCUUGAAAUUCAUAACUCUUCACCAAACCUAGAGAAAUCAUCAAGCGAUAGUACCUCUAAAGUCCCAUUUAUUGAACUAUAUCUCAAUCAAAAGCUAAAGCAAUCAAAUUUCAAAAUUAACCAAUUCUCAAAUUUUGCUGAGCGUUUUAAAGAAACUGGUUUCAAUUUUAAUGGUAAAGCUCCAAUGGAUACACCUUUUUUAAGACUAAAGUGUCCCGGUAAAGAUUGUCCAAAGGUUCCAAAAGAGUGGAAAUGUCUUAUUUGUGAUGAAGAUUUAAAGUAUAGUUCUAAAACUCUUUAUUGUCAAUGUGGCUCAUAUCCAGUAACCAGCUGUACUUUUAAAUGUUGUGAACCUGAGCAUGGUAACGAUUAUUUUCAACUUCCAAACAAUGAAAAAGACCUAUUAACAUUAUUACCACCAAGACCAUUAACUCUAUUAUUAUUGGGAGAGACAGGUGUCGGCAAAUCUACAUUCAUCAAUUCAUUGGUUAACUAUGCUUUAUAUCAUAGUUUAGAAGAUGCAAUUAAAGGUGAAAUAAAAGUAUUAAUUCCAAUUAAAUUUUCAAUUGUUACAAACGGAGUCCAAAAAGAAAUAUCAAUUGGUAAUGAAACUAGAGAUGAGCAUUUAUCAGCUGGCCAAUUAUCCACUCAAUCAUGUCAAACCUAUGUAUUUUUAGAUUUAAACUUAACAAUCAUUGAUACUCCAGGUAUUGGUGAUGUAAGAGGUGUUGAUCAAGAUAAAUCAAACCUUGAACACAUUCUUAGCUAUAUCUCAAGAUUCGAUAAAAUUGAUGGUAUUUGUAUUCUUUUAAAACCAAACGAAUCAAGAGAAACUGAACUUGAAAAAUAUUGUUUCAAAGGUUUAUUAUCACAACUGAAUAAAAAUGCAGCUAAAAAUAUUGUAUUUUGCUUUACAAAUACAAGUUUAACUUUUUACCAACCAGGUGACUCACAUCCAAAAAUUUUGAAGAUGGUUCAAAGUUUAAAUGUUCCAGAUCUCAAGUAUACAUCUUCAAACACAUUCUGCUUUGAUAGUAAAUCAUUUAGAUUCCUUGCAGCACUUAAACAAGGUAUCGAGUUCAGCGAAGAUCAAAUUAAAGAUUUCUCAAAUAGCUGGAAAACCUCUGUUACAUCAACCAACAAUUUAAUAUCAUAUCUUAACUUGUUACCACCACACAAUAUCAGAAACACUACAAGCCUAAAUGAAUCAAGAAGAUUAAUCUACGCUUUAUCAAGACCAAUUGUUGAAAUUACACAAAUGAUAGAAUACAAAGUCAAUAUUAUUAAAAUCAAGAAAAAGGAAAUUGAAGAUGACAAUAGUGAUUUAGAAUAUCUUAAAAACAAUUUAAUGGUUAAAUAUUAUGAUUCCGAAAGAAGAGAUUUAGAUCAACCAACCACUGUUUGUACAAACUUUUCUUGUGUAAAAGUUAUUAGUAAGGAUAAAGAUGGUAAUGAAACCAUUCACUAUGCUCAAAGAUGCCACGUUGGUUGUCAAAUUAAAGGUCCAACCAACACCAAGAACCCUGACAUAAAAGAAUGCUCAGCUUUUCGAAAGAGUGACUUAAAAUGCAGUCAAUGUAAGCAUUCAUGCAGUUACACUAGUCAUAUGAUAAUUACAUAUGAAACAUAUCCUGUCAUCAAGACAAUAGAAAAUACCAUCAUUAAAGAUAAGAUAAAAAAAACCACCGACAGCUGUCAACUCAAAAAAGAAGCAAUUAUUGAAUUAGAAAAAGAAAUCGAAGCAAAUAACAAAGAAAAAACAGAAAUCAUAAAUAUUAGUUCUAAACUUUCAUUCUUUUUAAAGGAAAAUUCAAUUACUGGUUAUGUUGAUACUGUCAUUGAGUAUUUGAAGAUGUGUAUCAAAACUGAAGAUUACAAGACAAAUAAAAAAAGUAAAGAAUCACUUGAAAAGAUUUUAUCAAUUUUUGAAGUACAAAAUAAAAUUUUACAAGAUUCCGUAGGCAAAUGUAAUGAAUUAAUUACUGUCGACCAAGUCCCUGUACUAAUUGAAAAAUUAAAGAAACUUCCAAUCAAUGGUCCAACAUUAAAAUGUCACAUCGAAGGUAAUGAAUCUGCUCAAAUGACCUCAAACUACAAACCAAUUGUAAUUAAACCAAAAGAAAAAUCAUUUUCCUCAAUUUUAAAAUAAAAAUUAAAUAACUAAAAAAACUUAAAAUUAAAUUAAUAAAAGUCCUGUUAACCUUUGAUUCAUUCUAAUUAAAGGGAUUAGUCAAAAAUAGGUGGUUAACGAUUAAAAU